GUCAUGUCAUGCCAUUCCCGUCGUCAGUGAUAUAAUAAAUAUUAUUUACUUCAGAAAUAUAAUUUAAUACUAAUUUACUGUCACAACUUUUGUGCUGAUAAAGUAACUUUCAUAAAGAUUAUUUGUUUAUUCACUAGUAAUAAUAUGAGCCAAUCAAAUACGGCCGCUCAAAUACCAGAAUGUUUGAGGGACGACUCUGAAGAUGGCAAAUCCAAACUUAGAAAAUGGUUAAACAUGAACUUCCGAAUUGAAAUGACUGAUGGAAGAGUCCUUAUUGGCGUGUUUCUCUGUACAGAUCGGGAUGCCAAUGUAAUUUUAGGAGCUUGUUCAGAGUACCUAAAAAGCAAUGAUGGUGAAACUGAAGAGCCCAGAGUUCUGGGUCUAGUCAUGGUGCCAGGACGGCACAUUGUCUCCAUACAGAUUGACGACAUGGCCGCACAGCGUAGAACUGCUCCCAUAAUGAAUGAUUCUAUGUGGUUAUAAUUGUGAGUGUAUUAUAUUUAUUUAUUUCAAUAAGAGAAUAAAAAUUCAAACCCAUCAAAAUAA